AUGGAGGAGCAACCACAAGAACAGAGGAAGAUGGUGAAGCCUUCCACUCCCUCCCUUCCAUAUCCUCAAAGGUUCAACAAUGAGCUAAAAGACCAACAGUUCCCCAAAUUCCUAGAAGUCUUUAAGAAGCUGGAAAUCAAUAUUUCACUUGCAGAGGCAUUGGAACAAAUGCCCUUGUAUGCAAAAUUCUUAAAAGAACUCAUUAACAAAAAGAGAUGCUGGGAUGAAAAAGAAACAGUAAUGCUCACUCAAGAAUGCAGUGCAGUGAUUCAAAGGGGUAUUCCACCAAAGCUUAAAGACCCAGGGAGUUUUGUCAUAUCAUGCACCAUAGGCAAAAUAACAUUAGAGAAAGCUCUUUGUGAUUUGGGUGCCAGCAUCAAUUUGAUGCCCCUCUCAAUGAUGAAAAAGCUUGCCAUAGAAGAAAUCAAACCCACCAGGAUGUCACUUGUAAUGGCAGAUAGAUCAAUCAAGAUUCCCAAUGGAGUUAUGGAAAACUUAUUAGUGAAGGUUAGAGAGUUCAUCUUCCCUGCCGACUUUGUGAUAAUGGACACAGAAGAAGAAGGAAAUAAUUCAAUCAUCCUGGGAAGACACUUUCUUGCCACAACAAGGGCCAUUAUUGAUGUAGAAAAGGAAGAGAUGAUUUUCAGGGUGCACAAUGAGCAAAUGAUCAUCAGUAUUUUCAAAUCAAUGCAACAUCCUCCUGAGCAAGAGAACUACAUGAGAGUGGACAUGAUAGAGGGUCUGGUGGAAGAAGAAUUUGAAGCAAUCAGUCAAGAAGAACAAGGAGAAGAGAUAAAAAUAGCUCAAGAUACCUUAAAGGAACAAGUGACUGAAGCUUCUUCUGAAAGAAAGGCAGAGGAGAAGCCAAGUCAAGAAUUGAAACCUUUGCCUCCACACCUCAAAUAUGCAUUCCUUGGUACAACAGAUAACUUCCCUGUGAUCAUCAACUCCACCUUGAGUGAAGAAGAAGAAGGAAGGCUCCUUGAUGUGUUAAGAACUCACAAAGAUGCACUAGGAUGGACCAUUGAUGAUCUGAAGGGCAUAAGUCUUGCUAUAUACAUUGCAAACUAUAAGGUUGGAAGAAAGAUCCCUCAAGAAUUUACCAAGCAGCAAGUGAAGAAGUUGCUCAAUGAAGCCAAGAAGUUCUUGUGGGAUAAACCAUUCUUAUUCAAGAGAUGUCUAGAUGGGAUGAUUAGGAAAUGUGUUCCUGAAAAUGAGAUGAAAGACAUAUUGUGGCAUUGUCAUGGCUCAGCCUAUGGUGGUCAUUUCGGGCCAGAAAGAACGACUGCCAAGGUACUCCAAAGUAGGUUUUAUUGGCCAACCAUCUUCAAGGAUGCCAGGGAGUUUGUUCACCUAUGCAAUGAGUGCCAGAAAGCUGGAGGAUUGACAAGAAGGAAUGAGAUGCCUUAG